UUUCUCUAUCCAUUGACGCAUGAAGCUGCAUUAAGCCUACUCUAAUGAUGAUUAUUUAAAAGUAAAACCAAUUUAAGCUAAUUAAAUUUGUGUAUUACGCCGGACGAUUGUCGAAACAUAUCGUCGUAGUUGCGUGUUAAUCUCAAGAAACUUGUGAACCACCAAUAUGACGAUCGAAGGCAACAAGGACGAAGCAGAAAGGUGUAUCGAAAUUGCGCAAAAUGCAUUUACUGCUGGAAAUGUUGAAAAAGCUGAACGCUUCUUGCUUAAAGCAGAGCGACUGUACCCUACAGCUCUUGCCAAAGAACUCUUAACGAGAGUCAGAGCUUCAGCCACUUCCGGAAGUGUACCUAAAAAAACGCCACCAAGUAGCCCCAGCGCUGAUGAUUUGAGGCGGAGAAGGACACCUACACACCAACCAACUCAAAGAGAAUAUACUGCGGAGCAACUAGAAGCCGUACGCAGAGUGAAAACCAAGUGUAAGGAUUACUACGAAAUAUUAGGAGUGACCAAAGAGGCCACUGACUCAGACAUAAAAAAGGCCUACAAGAAGUUAGCUCUGCAGCUACAUCCCGAUAAGAAUCAUGCUCCCGGUGCGGCUGAAGCUUUCAAGGCAAUAGGCAAUGCGGCAGCCAUACUCACGGACCCCGAGAAACGCAAGCAGUAUGAUAUACGUGGUGAAGAACCCACGCACACCACACAUCACCACCAGUAUUACGCGAGGGGCUUCGAGUCCGACCUCACCGCUGAGGAGCUCUUCAACAUGUUCUUUGGGGCUGCUGCAUUCCCUGCAGGCGGUCCAACAGUGUACACUAGGCGACGUGCGCGCGAACCCGAACCGAGAGACAAUCACGCCGGUCUCGUACAACUGUUACCAGUACUAGUACUAGUGCUACUGUCCAUGAUGUCCGGCUUCUUCAUCAGUGAACCAGUGUACAGCCUCAGUCCCAGUCCAAAGUACCCCGUACCGAGGGAUACUGUUAACCUGAAGAUUCCCUAUUAUGUGAAAGAGAACUUCCACACGGACUAUCAGGGCUCGUUGAGGAGACUUGAGAUGGCCAUCGAGGAAGAGUAUAUAGUGGGGCUGCGGCACGCGUGCCAGCGCGAGCGCAACUACCGCGACAGCGCGGCGUGGAAGGCGCGCAACUUCGGCGACGCGCGCCACGCCGCCGAGGCGCAGCGCGUGCGCAUGCCGUCCUGCGAGAAGCUGCAGCAGCUGCAGCGGUAA